CUCCUAAGCACCUGCAGGUGGCGCCGCUGUGCCCAAAUGGAGAGCGGCCUGUGGGAAGCGGAAGCGGCGGUGUAGAAAGCAGCAGCGCUUCCUGCAGUGAGUGCGUGUGCACGGCGGCCUGACUCCCCUGGGGAGGGGGUAAGACAAGGACUGGCUCAGCGUGGAGAUGCGCCAUGAGAGCAGGGAGUUUCCGGUGGUGAUUAGGUUACACAAAGGUUUCCCAAUGAGUGGAUCAUGCCAGUCGUACGUUUGGGGUGAUCCAUAGCAUGGCUGCUUCUCGAUCGACUCGUGUCACAAGAUCAACGGUGGGGUUUAAUGGUCUUGAUGAAAACUUCUGUGGACGCACCUUGCGAAACCGAAGCAUUGCUCAUUCCGAAGAGGUUGUCCCUCAAUCGUUACUGAGAUCCAGGUCACCAAAGAAGAAGCAAGAAACUGCACAAAAGGGAAUUUGCCCAAAAAGUGGAGACUUAAAACCAACAGGACCUCGCGAGUCUUGGGUUAGCCCAAGGAAAAGAGGGCUGUCUGUUUCUGAGAAGGACAUCACUGAGAAAGACAGUGUGGAAAACAGUGAAAUACGGUCACCUGAAACUUUAUCUCCUGUGUUGAAGAAAAUAAAACGUUAUUUACGGUCUGACGAACCCACUAGCCCAGAAGAAAAAGUGUCCACUACAGAAAGAAAGGACUCUAGUUCUGAUAAUGAAACUGAUUCUACCAAUACUAAACAAGCUCUUCGAUGUAUUUUAUUGGAUGAUAGUGACGAAAGGGAAAUCAAAAAGGAAUCUGAAACAGAAGACCAUCUUAAAAAGACAAUAACUAUUGAGACUGCUAGCCAUAAAACUUUCAAUGGUGUUGAUGAAAAAAACACUGCUGCUUUCAAUUGUAAUGACUGCCAGUCUGAUGGCAGCGCUAAACAAAAUGCUGUUGCUUUAUCUCCUCACAAGGAAAAAAUAGUUUCUGAAAAUGGGAGUUCAUUGAAUCCAUGUUCAGUAUUGACGAACAACAGAAAGGACACACUUUUAGACCGCAAUGUGCCUUGUACAAACUCAGAGGAGCAGGUUGAAAACCAGAAACAUAACAUAGUUGCUAAUUGCCUGCCAAUUGAUAAUGUAAACCAGACCAAUAAACCAACAUCAUUCUGUUCAGAAACACUGUCUUCUGCAAGGGACUCUGAUGAGAUAUCUGGUGCAGAGGAUAGUGCCUUAGAAGUUAAUACUGAAAAUACAGACAGUGUCAUAAAUGCUGCUCAUGACAACUGUAUAUCAGGUGAUCCUGAAUCUGAACUAUCUUUUACAGAGCUUGACAAUGGUGAUACUAAUGUGGCAACCUUUUCCGAAACCCAAGAACACAGGUAUACCUUAAGGACUUCCCCGCGAAAGCCUUUGCCUGUCAAAGAUUGCCCAUACAAAAAUGAAUUUCCUUGUGGGGAGAAUGGACCUAUUGAUGAGAGUAAAAUAUGUACCAGUAAUAAUAGUAAGACGAACAGUACUGUUAAUGGCUCCUUCGUAAACGCUGAUGUUGCUCACAGUGACAAAAAGCAGGACUGCAGUGCUGUCCACUGUUCAGCAGAUAAACAGACAAUUCCAAACUCUGAAACAGUACCCGCUUCCCAACAUAUACCACCCUGUAAAGAGAGGGGAGGACAGCAAACCACUGAAGAAGAUGAGGAAGAUCCCGACGUGUAUUACUUUGAGUCUGAUCAUGUGGCACUGAAACACAACACAGAUUAUCAAAGACUAUUACAGACUAUCUCUGUGCUAGAGGCUCAGCGCACUCAAGCUGUUCAAGACAUGGAAAUGUUAGGCCAAUACCAAAGGCAAGCACUGGUUAAUCCCAUUGGAUUUGUGGAAAAGCUUCAAAAGAAGGUGGAUAUUGGAAUACCAUGUCCUCAGAGGAUUGUCCAGUUGCCAGAAGUUUCAUGGGAUCAAUAUACGACAGGGCUUGGAAACUUUGAAAAAGAACUAAGAAAACGAAAGAGUAAUUCUCGAAGAGUAAAAUUAAACUUUGAUAAAAUUGGAAUAUCGGCUAAUGCUCAGAGGAAUACAGAGAACAGUAAAGACAGAGAAACUGCCUCAUACUCUGUUUUACCCCAGAGUGAUAACCAACAAGGCUCUACAAGUGGUCACUCACAGAUAGGAGGUAGACUAUGUACGGAGACCAAGCCUGGGACCUUUAAUCAGUUGUGGAGUGUAGAAGAACAGAAAAAACUGGAAAGAUUACUUCUGAAGUAUCCUCCAGAGGAAGUGGAAGCUAAGCGAUGGCAGAAAAUUGCUGAUGAAUUGGGAAAUAGGACUUCAAAACAGGUGGCUAGUAGAGUACAGAAAUACUUUAUAAAAUUGACAAAAGCUGGCUUACCAGUGCCGGGAAGAACACCCAAUUUAUACAUGUAUGCUAAAAAGUCUUCAGCUAAACGACAGCACGCCCUUAACAAAUAUCUCUUCAAACCAUCCACCUUCAUGACGUCCCAUGAACCCCCUGUGUACAUGGAUGAAGAAGAUGACCAUUUCAAUAGCAGAGACCUAGAUGCAGCUGGCGAUGAAGAAAUAUCGGAUGAUGAAGAUAUUCAUGUUGAUUGCCAUGGCCUAGCAGAAUAUAAAGAGCUCCUUGAGUUAAAGAAAUUGAAAAAACAAAAACUACGUCAGAUGCAGACUCAGAGUGGCUUUGUACAACACGUUGGCUUCAAAUGUGAUAACUGCGGAACUGAACCCAUUCAGGGUAUUCGGUGGCACUGUCAGGACUGCCCACCUCAAAUGUCAGUGGAUUUCUGUGAUUCAUGCUCUGAUUGUUUAUGUGAAACAGAGACCCACAAAGAGGACCACCACUUGGAGCCUUUUUAUAAAGCAGAGACAUUCCUAGACAGAGACUACUGCAUGCCCCACAACACCAAUUACAAUUAUCUUGAUCCAAACUACUUUCCAGCCAACAGAUGACGUGACUUGGACAAAACAAAUAGAAUGGGCUUGGCAUCUUGUCCAGGAACAUGGGGCAGCAGAAUUGUCCGUUCAGUUUUCAGAGUGUGAAGAUACACAACUUUCUUAGAAAUACUGCUCACAGCAUGAGACCUUCUCAGAAGGAGCCAUCAUUUUGCAAUCCUGCGUUGUGCCUGUUCCAGGUCCCUGCACAGCAGCCGAACAUUCCAUGUGCGCAGGAGGAUGAUUUCACUUGGAGCUUUAUCUUUUCACCAUGUUAUUUCAGAUGGUCCGUAUCAGGGAACACACGAGAAAAAGAAAUCUAAGUACGCUGUUACAGAUAACUCUCUUUCCAAAGGCUACAGUAAAGAAAUAAUCAAAAAAAUGUGAACUAUUUAUAUUAAAACCAGUUUACUAGCUUGCAGUUUUGCUGUGAAAAUAUUCUUUUGCACAGAAACUGACAUUUUGAGGAGGUUUUAAACCAAUCACAGUGUUUUGCUUGGAGGAUUUACUGUUUAAAAACCAGUUACCCACUUUUGGACUAACGCAGGUCUUUGCUUGAAAUAUGAGCUGCUUUUAAUCACAGACACAGAUUAUUUACCUACAACGAAGCACUACAGUGCGGGGGCCUGUUGCUGCUUCUCUAACCAGCUCGUGGUGUGUGUGAAUGUCAAGAUUUUCACUCAAAUAUAUUUUUUAAAUGUAAUGUUCCGAUGAUCAUGUGAUGUGUACAAAAUAUGGUGAAAAAGUGCCAGUUGUAGUAACUGUGUGAAGUCUAACACUUAACCUUCCUUUAGUCGUCAUUUUCUGAAAUCAAAUACACAGCCUUCUGCCUCUGAAUUCCUGCGAUAGUCACCGCAGCUCAUCCGAGAAAACUGCCUAAUUGGAGUCCUAUAUAUGUCUUGUAGUUUUCCUCUUUUGUAGUCUGCACAAAAUCCAUGAAAGAUUGUAUUUUUAUUAAUAUUUAAGCAAGUGAUCACACAGAAUCUAAGCAAUGAGCUAGAUGGGGUUCACAUGCUGUCUUUUAUACUGCUGUGUUUUUUUGUUUUCGGUGUCCAUUCUUCAAGCCCACAAAAUUCUGGGGGCUUGCAGUUUUGUUGGGAGACCUCAUGCAAUCAUGCAGGUUAAGCUUGUUGCUUGGAGUCUAAUAGCAGAUAACUACUAAGCCCUCUGAAAGAGUCAUGGUUUCAUUUUUGUAUGUUUUUCUUUUCUCCUCCCUUUUUUUUUUCACUCCCUUUUUUUGCGUACAAAGUAUGUUCAUAAUAAUCAAUUGUCAGGAGAACUGUGAGAAAUAAACUGUAUGAGUACCAUCUGUUGAUACAUCAAAGCUCCAUAGUCAUUCUUGGUGUCUCUUUAUGUUUUAAAUAUGACAUGGCAGGUACAAAUCAAAUUCGCUAUAGUUUCAGUCUGCCACAAAACAUCCAUUGGGAUUCCCACUCAUAUGCAAUAAAUGACGAUUCAUACCAAA